AUGGUCUCCAAGACUUUCAUCCUCUCCCUCGUCGGUGUCGCGGCGGCCAUGCCCGGCCAGCCCCAAGCCCGUGACGCCCUCGACGACCUCAAGGCGUGCACAGAGGCCCUCGCCACUGUGACCAGCGGCAUGCCCGGCUUCCCCACCGAGGUUGCCUCCUUCUACGUUACCCAGACUGAGACCGACCCCUGCAAGGUCACCCUGCCUCCCACGGUCGAGUCCAAGCUCUCGAGCUACCAGGCCGCGGCCUCGUCCUGGUUCAACGAGAACGGCGAAGCCUACAGCUCGGCCAUCUCCAAGUGCCCUGGCGGCGACGUGGCUAUCCCCACACCCACCAACCUGCCUACUACCUGCGGCGGUUCCACCGGCGGCAGCAGCAGCGGUGGCGACAGCAGCAGCGGUGGUGACAGCAACAGCGACAGCGGCAACGGCGACAAGCCCAACGACGCCACCCGCUCGACCGGCCUCGUUGCCAUGGCUGCUGCCCUGGCUGGCUUUGUCGGUGUCGUUGCUGCGCUCUAA